AUGGGAUGCAGCCAGGUCCGUGGGCGCCAGUCGGCAGGGAAUGAACUUGAUAUUGAGCGGACUGGUCCCUAUGGCUACCGCUACAACGGUGAUUGCAGUGGCUUCCUGGCUUAUGGCUCAAGGGAUCUGGAAUCUCAUGACCGGCUGGCUAUGUUCGCUCUCCAAUCUCGGAGACGCCAGGACUUUCGCCGUGUUACCGGGGCCCUCCGAUCUGAGAAAUCUAGCGUCGAACAAAUCUCGUCUUUGGACGCUUUCCCAUACAAUCAUAUGACGGGAGCUCUGCCAUUCACCAUGCUUGGGGAACACCCCAGCGCUCGUCGUAUGACCAUCAAAACAUUCCCGCUACCUGAAUUGCUGGCGGAGGGAUAUCGGGAGCCUGCAAAUGGGCACUAUAAGGGGUGGGCACCGACAUUGGAUGACUCGGGUAACACUGCCUACGGAAAUAAUAAGCCCGCCUGGGCGCGAGGCCCUCUUCCUGCUGCGUUUGAGAGAUGGAUUGUGAAUCCCGAUUCAAACACGACCGAAAUUAUCUUGGAGACUUCGAACUCGACCGUUCAAGAUGUGUCCAAGAGAGGCACAAAAGAAUCACAUUCUAAAAGCCAGAACAAGACAGCUGAACCGCGACACUACUUCUAUAACCCCGUUCAGGAUCCCAUGAGGAUAAGCAACCUUGACCUGGAACCCCUUGGUCCUCUGCAGGAGGCCCUGAAGGACCAUGCCAUCCCGAUCAACCACAUUGUCUUUGUGUUCUUGGAAAGCGCUAGAAAGGACCUGUUUCCCCUCAAAAACGAUUCUCGCUUGUACAACCAAAUCCGUGAAGCAAAUGAUAUAUACGAUGAGGAGGAUGAAGCCGAUCUACACGACAAGCUGUCUCAGCUAACCCCCGUGGCAGAGAUGCUUACAGGGGAACAAUCUGGCUUUGGUAACUCGAUUAACUCAACGGAUGCCGGACUAGGUGGUCUCAGCUUCGACGGGAUAUUGUCGGGGAGCUCUCUCUCUGCGAAAUCGCGUCUUGUCAACUACUGUGGUCUUGGACCGCUUCCGGUGGAUUUUAUGCAUGAAAAUGAUAUUAUUCCGUACCAGCCGUGUCUGAUGCAUAUCAUGGAUCUAUUCAACCAGCGCAAGAACUCUUCUGCCCCUGCAAAUUCUUCUGGCUCUGGUAAUUCCACCGACUCUGGGAAUUCCACCAACAGUCACCUAGAACGGGAAUGGCAAACCAUCUAUGCGCAGUCUGUCACUGGGGACUUCCAGGGACAGACUCGGCUUAUGGAUCUACUCGGUUUCAAUCAGACGUUGUACUCGGAAGACAUCGAUGUGGAGGACGCGAAAUAUUUCCACGAGGAAAUGGAAAAAGUCAACUAUUUCGGUUAUGCCGAAACUGAGGCCCGCCCCUACAUCAAAGACAUGAUUGACGAAACGCUUCGCCAAAACAAGAGACUCUUCCUUUCACAUUUCACCAGCACCACUCACCAUCCUUGGGGUACACCCCAAGGCUGGCACCGAGAAAAAUAUUUCGGUAGUGUCCACAGAUCACAGCACGAACUCCUGGACGACUUCCUCAACGCCAACCGCUUCGUCGACACAUGGCUCGGCGACCUAAUGGACAUGCUCGGAGAAGCUGGCAUCGCCAACGAGACCUUGACAGUUUUCGUGGGAGACCACGGCCAAGCAUUUAAAGAAGACUGCCCCGUCACAGGAACCUACCACAACCCACACAUCACCAACUUCCGCGUGCCCCUAGUAUUCCACCACCCCUUAUUACCCCGCAUGCACCUUAAUGUCAACGGCAGCACCGUAUCCAUCCUCCCGACAAUCCUCGAUCUCCUCGUAAACACCAACUCCCUCAACGCAGACGACACCGAGAUUGCCCUGGAUCUAAUGAACGAAUACGAGGGCCAGUCCCUCAUCCGACCGUACCGCACCUCGCACAACGGCCGCGAAGCCUGGAACAUGGGCGUUAUUAAUGCCGGUGGCUCGAUGCUGAGCGUUGGCUCCGCUGCUGUGCCCUGGCGUCUCAACCUACCAUUGAACAAUGACUUCGAGUACCGGUUCACGGACUUGAGUACUGACCCGUACGAGCUUGAGCCUGUCACUGGCUGGACUAUGUCGGCGCUUGCUGCGGAGGUUCAUUCCAAGCAUGGGCCUGAGGCGUUUGAUUGGGUUCAGAAGGCUGAGAAGGUUGGGCUUUGGUGGGUUGCCGAGCGGAAGAAACUUUGGAAUUACAGUGACCCUGAUGAGUGA